GAACCUUUAAACGGCUUAACAAUCUCAAUCAAAGAUAUUUUUUCUGUAAAAGAUGAAACAAAUACAUGUGCUUCAAAAUUCUUAAAAGAUUUUAAACCUGCUUAUGAUUCAGCUGUUGUAAGCUUAUUGAAAAAAUCGGGAAUCAAGAUCUUAGGAAAAACUAAUAUGGAUGAAUUUUCAAUGGGAUCUUCAAGUUCAUUUUCUCAUUUCGGUCCAGUCCUUAAUCCGAAUGGAGUAUCAAAUAAUCAAAAGUUUAGAAGUCCAGGUGGCAGUUCAGGUGGAUCAGCUGUUACAGUUGCUUCAGGACUUUCUGAUCUUGCGAUUGGCUCUGAUACAGGUGGUUCGACUAGAUUACCUGCAGCUUAUUGUGGAGUAGUAGGAUUAAAACCAUCUUAUGGCGCGAUUUCUCGUUAUGGAAUGGUACAAUAUUCUCAUAGUCUUGAUUGUGUUGGACUUUUUUCUAAAUCGAUUGAUUUGAUUCAUAAACUGUUUGAAUCUUUGGUAGGACUUGAUAAACGUGAUCCUACUUCUGUUGAGUGGAAAUCAAAUCCAGAAACAAAAACCACCAGCAAAGAUUUAUCAGAUCUUAGAAUAGGAAUCCCAAUUGAAUACUAUACAACUGAUUUACAACCUGAACUUUUUCAAAGAAUACGUCAAGUUGCAUCAUCCUUAAAAUCAAGAGGGGCUACAUUAGUUUCAGUUUCAUUACCUUCCACUUCUUAUUCUCUGGGAGCAUAUUAUGUAAUAGCCAGUGCAGAAGCAAGUAGUAAUCUAGCUCGUUAUUCUGGUGUACAUUAUGGUAUUAACACUUCGAUUGAAUCUUGCAAUCAAUCUGAAAAAAUGUUUGUUGAAAGUCGUUCAAAUGGAUUUGGCGAAGAAGUAAAAAGAAGAAUUUUACUUGGUACUUAUGCUCUUUCAGCCAGUGGCAUGGAGAAUUACUUUUUAAAAGCUCAAAGAAUAAGAAACAAGAUUUGUGAAGAAUUUGAUUCAGUGUUUAGGAAGAACAAUCAAGAAGAUGCUAUUGAAUCAAAUUCCGAAAAAGUUGAUAUCUUAUUAACUCCUCCAAGCUUAUCAAUCGCACCGGAACUAAACUUGGAAAAAAGUAAUUCGAAUGAAGAAGGAGAGGAGAUUAGGAAAAGUUGGGGACAAGAUCAAUUAUUAGUGCCUGCUAGUCUUGCUGGAUUACCAUCACUUGUGAUACCUUUAGAGAAGAUUGAAGUUCAAGAAGAUAAAGGUAAGAAAUGGCCAGUGGGAGUUCAAUUGAUUGGACCUUGGGGUAGUGAG